GAAAUGGGGUUUUGAUGAUGAACAGGAUUAUUGAUGAAAUGGGGUGUGUCACCGUGUAUCGGUAAUCGGUAUUAAAGAUGUUCCUCAACAUGUGUUUUGUUAUGGUUGCCUUAGUUCCUCCAAUAUCACUCUACGAAGUACGAACGCUGUUCCUGCUGAUACUUGACUCCUGUGGAAUUUCAGAUCAUCCAGUAUGAAGCUUUAUUUCCUUGGUACGGGAUCCAGCUAUCCUACCAGAAAACGAGGAGUUUCAUCUGCAGCACUCCAGCUUGACGAUGGUAACGUAUGGCUUUUUGACUGUGGUGAAGGCACUCAAAUUCAGGCACAGAAAGUGACUUUGUCAAGGCAGAAGAUUAAUAAAAUAUUCAUAACUCACCUCCAUGGAGAUCACUUGUUUGGACUCCCAGGUCUGUUAUGUACAAUAUCAUCUCAGAUUGGUCUGUCUGAGGAAGAGCUGCAGAAGAAAGGGGCACCAGUUGUUGACUUGUAUGGUCCCCAAGGACUGAGAAGAUUCGUUUAUAAUUCCCUGAGCCUAUCAAGAUCACCAUUGCUAUUUAAGUAUCAAGUUCAUGAACUUGUGCCUAUCAAAGAGCAGUAUUUAGAAGAUUGGGACCAAUGGGUUGUUGACCACUCAGCACCUUCUGUUACUCACCUAAGUGAAUUGCCUGGGUCAUUGAUUCAUCCUGUCGAAGACAGCAAUGGAAAUGUUCACUGGAAACUGUUUGAUGAUGAUAACUGGUGUGCUGUAGCUGGUUGGAUUCAUCACCGUGUGCCUUCUUUUGGCUUUGUUUUAAAUCAAAAGGGUCGACCUGGUACACUUGAUAAGAAUAAGCUAAUAGAACUUGGCCUCCCUCCAGGUCCUUUAUAUGGGCAGCUAAAGAAAGGGAAGGCUGUAACGACAGAAGAGGGUAAACUAAUCACACCAGAUAUGGUUGUUGGAUCACUAAUUCCUGGCAAGUCUUUGGUCAUUCUGGGAGACACAAGAGAUGCUUCUCCUCUUGCUCAUUUAGUCAGUGACAGAGGCUGUGAUGUUCUCAUUCACGAAGCAACCUAUGACAAUUCUCUGAAGGAGAAAGCUGCAGAACAUGGGCACUCAACUUCCGGUCAAGCUGCUGAAUUUGCUAAGAGAAUAAAUGCAAAGGUUCUAUUACUCAACCAUUUCUCUCAAAGAUAUGGACAGGUUAAUGAAGACAGUCAAGAUGAAGAAACGGUAGCAGUUUUGGAACGGGAAGCUUUGGAAGCAGUGGAAGGAACAUCAAUCCAGGUAAAAUGUACUGAAGAUCUGUUUACGUAUGAAUUACCCAUUGCAUCAAGAGAAGUGAUGAAAUAAAUAUAUCAAAUUA